AUGGAUCUUUCCGUAUUGCCAAACAACAACCAUCCGGAUAAAUUCCUUCAACUAGAUGUAAAGUCCUUAGCAAAAACCUCUGCCUUUUUGCAAACCUGGCUGGCCAAUUUUCCAGAGGCGCAUUUUCCUGGUGCACAGCAGUGGCACAACAGAGUCUAUUCACAAAGAGAAAAGAAGAAUGUGUGUGAGCAACCUGUUGUGCAAGUCAAUGAAGUGCAUCCAGCAAUGAUUGACAAAAUACUUGGAAAACACAUUACACCUGUCACCUUGAAAUCAACCAUCAAAAGCAAUCCUCUGUACAGUGAUGGCUGCACUGAUGAUACCUGGGAGGAAAGGAAAAACAAGCCAUCUUGGACCAUUCAGGACUAUGACCAGCAUUCCCUGAGCUCUGGCCUGGCUCACUUUCUAAAGGAAAAUCCUGAUGACAUACAGUAUUGGAUGGAAGAUAUUUACACACCAGGAUAUGACACCCUGUUGAAAAAGAAAGAGAGAGAAAGAAAAUGUUCCAGAUGUUGUCUCAUUGCGUUGUUCCUGGUAUUGCUGAUGGGAAACAAAUCUAUACAAGAUUGUGACCUUCUUUGUGUGUUGCUGUAUGGCUCUAAGAUGUAUGUAGUGGCUUUAAGAUGGGGAUUUCAAGGGGAAGCAAGUUCAAGCAGUUGGUUCUGGUGA